UUAUGUGCUGAUUAAAUUAGGGCCGUUUUUAUUUACUAUGAUAAUAUUAUCAACCAGUUUCGCGAGGACCGCACGGGAGUCGGUCAGUCGCGUACGCGCAGCCGCCGCAAUGGCGUACCCAAUAUUAUAUCUAAUUGUCAUAUUAUUGUCACUCGCGUACUAUUUACUCAAACGUAAAUAUGACUAUUGGAGAGUACGAAAGGUUCCGUACAUGGAGCCGGAGAUGCUGUUCGGCAACUACAAGGACUUCGUGCUGCUGAGGCGGUAUGCCGGGUUCGUCGCCCGGGACAUCUGCCGGGAGUUCCCCGACGAGCCCUACAUCGGCACCUUCUACGGCACCGAGCCCGCCCUCAUCGUGCAGGAUCCCGAGCUGAUCAAGCUGAUCCUGGCGCGGGACAUAUACUACUUCAGCGGGCGGGAGAUCACCAAGUACCGCCACCGCGAAGCCAUCACCUGCUCCAUGUUCUUCAACGGCGGCGACGAGUGGAAGGUGCUUCGCCAGAACCUCAUGCCGCUCUUCUCAUCCCACAAGAUGAAGAACAUGUUCCCGCUCAUUCAGAACUGCAGGGACACCCUCGAGGAAGUCCUGAGGAGCGAGGUGGGGCAGGCGCGGGAGGUGGAGGCCAAAACCCUCGCCACCAGGUACGUGAUGGACUGCAUCGGCUCCUGCGCCUUCGGGAUAAACACGAACGUGUUGACGAAUAACGACAUUGGCUCGAACAUCUUCGCGACGAUCGGAGCCGAAAUAUUCAACGCGUCCCGGUCCAGGGGAACGAAGAUGAUCUUUCGGGCGAUGUGGCCGUUCCUGUUCUACGGGUUCCGCUUCCAGAUGUUCGCCCCGGAGAUCGAGAAGUUCUUCAUAGAGACUAUAACGGAGGUCUUUCGGAGCAGACAGUUCAAGCCGACGUCGAGAAAUGAUUUCGUGGAUCUUCUAAUGUCGUGGACGGACAGGAGAGUCAUAAAGGGGUCGGCCAUGAGUCCGAGCGUGGAGGACCGGGGGAAGGUCAGCCUGGAGGUGACCGACAACCUGCUGGCGGCGCAGUGCGUGAUGUUCUUCGCCGCGGGAUUCGAGACCUCCUCCACCACUAUCACCCUGACGCUCUUCGAGUUGGCUAAAAAUAGGGAGGCUCAAGAGAGAGUGAUCGAGGAGGUGGACGAGUACAUGGAGAGGAACGACGGCAGAGUGGAAUUCGGGUGCAUCGAAGAGCUCCCGUACUUAAAAGCUUGCAUAAACGAGACGUUGCGCAUAUACCCGAUCCUGGGAAUCCUGACGAGGGAGACCAUGGACGACUACGAGCUGCCCUCGGGGCUGCGGGUGGAGAAGGGUCUCCGCAUCCACAUCCCCGUCUACCACCUGCACCACGACCCCAAGCAUUUCCCGGAACCGGAGAAGUUUAUUCCCGAACGGUUCUUCGGGGAAGCGAAGAAUACGGUCAAGCCGUAUACGUACAUGCCGUUUGGGGAGGGAGCGAGGAUAUGUAUAGGAAAACGUUUCUCCCGGAUGCAGAUGGUGCCGGCUUUCCUGACGAUAUUCAGGGAGUACAGCAUAACCCUGGCGGAGGGCAUGACGCGCACCCUGGACUUCGAGCCCGGCGGCCUCGUCACCCAGCCCAGGGACAACAUACGGCUGAUGUUCAAUAAACGGGUUAAGUAGAGAUGUCUUGU